UGUAAACAGCGCCUUCUGGGUUUGAGCGCACUACCUCUGCUGAAAAACAACGUCAACCACUGCAGCAGAAAGAAACAGCAGUGCUGCACACACACACACACACACACACACACACACACACACACACACACACACACACACACAGUCAGACCGCAGAAGGCCAACGAGGAGCAACGGGGAGGCUUGUCAGCUGCAGACUGCUCUUUCUCAAUUAUCUCCAUGGCUGCUGAUGAGACCCGACAGGAGCCGGACCCGCUCAAUCUGCGCCAAUUAACUACAAAGGACGUAUGUGCGAUCGUGUGUAUACACAAAGCAGUAUGUUAGGGUAAAAGGCAAAGUCAUCUAAAGACAUCUGAGUAAAUCUGAAUCGCGAAUCGCUCAUCGGUGAUUGUCAGCAGUUAAAAAGGACGUGUGUGUGUGUGUUGUCUGCUCUUUACGUAAUCGUUUUUGCGUAAUUUUGCACCGGGUAUUGGACGCCGCGUGGAUUAUUUUGGCGAGGAUAUCUCUCGUGGUCUCCUUCCUCCCUGCAUCCGUUGUUGUUGUCCUCAACAGCACACACACAUACACUCAUUCAGACGGGGACUAUCUGCAUGCAGGCAGCAACAUUGUAAACAGACGAGGAGCUGUUUUAAUGAGAUCCAACACCGCUGCAUCCCGGUUGAAGCCUUCAAUCAGGAAUGUCUGGGAUUCCUCCAGCUGCUCUCCCAUGCUGUUCUCUGAGAAUGGGAUCGUAGUAAACCUCUGUGGGAUUUAGAUCAACUGUUAGCAUGUUGCAGCCCUCCGCCAGAACAGGUGACAGCCUGUUGGAAACAUUACCUCAUUGGAAUCAGGGUCAGAGAUGGGCCUUCUCCCUCGUCAUCUGCAUGGCUCUACUCUGGCUUCCAGGGGCAGCAGGAUCCGCCCUAAACUGCCACAAGACAUGUAUCUGUGCUUCGAACAUAGUGAGCUGCUCCAAGAUGAAUCUGACCACCGUCCCGACAAGUCUACCACUCUACACUGCUGUGCUGGAUCUCAGCUAUAAUAAUAUAACGCGGCUGCGAUCUGAGUGGACCUUAGUCAAGCUCCUGAAGCUCCAUAAUCUCCUCCUCAGCCAUAAUGGUCUCCACUUCCUGUCUUCAGAGGCAUUCGUAUAUGUGAAGUACCUGCGCUACUUGGACCUGUCCUCCAACAACUUGCGGCAGCUGGAUGAAUUCAUCUUUGAGCCUUUGGUCAACCUAGAGGUCCUCUUGCUGUACAAUAACCAAAUUUCCCAGAUUGACCGUUCAGCCUUUGGCACCAUGGUCAACCUUCAGAAGCUCUACCUUAGUCAGAACCAAAUCUCCCGCUUCCCUCUGGAGCUGGUCAAGGAAAAGUCACGCCUGGAGAAACUGAGCCUCCUGGAUGUGUCCUCCAAUAAGAUUAAGAUGAUAUCCCUUGAUGAACUCCAGGUGUUGCCUGCCUGGAUUAAAAAUGGCCUCUACUUCCACAAUAACCCUCUGCUGUGUCACUGUGAUCUGUACACACUCUUAGCCCACUGGUAUAUUCGAAAGCUCAACUCGGCUGUGGACUUCAAAGAUGACUACACAUGUAUCCUGCCUGGACCACAAAAAACCCAAGUACGUGUUUUUGAUCUCAGCGGUGACAAUAUGAACUGCAGCACAUUCAAGGAGGCAGAUGAAGAGGCUUUUCUGGAGCAAACACUGAUCCUUGGGUGUGACACCAAACACAGGAACAUGUUAAAGACCUGGAUGAUGCCUGGUAAUGUGCUAGUGACACCUGGACGCAACCAGACAGCCAAAGUCUUGCCAGAUGGAAGUCUGCAGAUUAGUCCAGUGAGAUCUGAGGACUCUGGGACCUACACUUGCUUGGCAAUGAGCGAGGUCUUCAAUGAGACCAUUUAUGUGGUGCUGAAGGUUCACAACUUCACCAUGCACGGGGGCGGGGACACACUGAACACAGCAUACACCACUUUGGUGGGCUGUUUAGCCAGUGUGGUGCUGGUCCUCAUGUACCUUUAUCUGACACCAUGUCGCUGCUUCUGCUGCCCCAAUAAGGGUAAAGCUCGGGGUGAGGACAGUAUUCACUCGUCCAUGCUCAGUGUGACACCAACCCAUGAGGACCCAGCGCUCAAAGCAGAGCUGAACAGGCAUGUGGCGUUCAUAGACUCCAAGGACUUGCAGGGCCAGAACGGCAAGUUGAACCCCAAUGGGGAUGAGGAUGAUGAUGAUCUGGAUGCGGAAGCUGGUUCUCUUAUGAAGGGGAAGAGGAAGAAGUCAGUAGCAGAGUCCAUCAGCUCCGUCUUCUCAGACACUCCCAUGGUGGUCUGAGAUGAGACUGGGAAAGACUGGCCAUGUUUUAGUUCAUGUAAACUGUGACUGUGACCUGGAAACGGAGGAAGGAUGUUCAUCUGUAGUUGCUGUCAAGUGGAAAUAAGAAUCUCAAAGGGAAUAAUAAAAAAAAAACUGUCUUGUUGUCGACACAGACAAUGAGCGAGACUUUUCCAGCAUUUUAAUCUGUAGCAUUUAAUAUUCAUACUGUGAAGGAAUGGCAGUGUACAUGAACCGUGGAAACUACUGAAGUCUUAUAAGAGUCACAAGUAGAUGAUAUAUUGUUGAUAUCAGCACUCAGGAAGUGAUCAAUUAAACUGCUAAUGUGUGGGAAAUACUUAUGAUACAAUGCACAGGUUGAAAUUAGAUUUGAAAAAAAGGCAUAUAUAUUGAAACCAUGGCUGGCUCAUAAUUAUAUUUAUUACAAGAACUAUAAUAGAUUGCAUCUUACAUAAACAAUAGAGCAUAGAUACAUUUAGCCCUCUUUCAAUCAACACAGGAACACUUAGAUGGACAGACCACCAUCACCAGCCAAUGUAUACAUCUGCCAUUAGCCUUGAGUCAUCUGUAGAGAAAAAAGCAUGCUAAAAAACAUUAUAUGAGGUCCCAGAAUGAUCUGUAUGAUCCAAAAGAAAUGUGGAUUCAUCAGACGUUUAGUCAUUUAUAUUGAGGCUGUGCACAAACAUUAUAUUAAGAGGCCAUCACAGGUCACUUCCAUCCUACUUCAUAGACGAUAUUUAGUUGCACUCAGAUGUAGUUCAUCAGACCGAUCGUUAUUCGUGUUCAUAGUCAUAUGUGUAGCGAUAUAGGACAGAUUUUUUUCGCUAUGUUAAGGGAUCAAUUUACAUAGAGGUAUGGUAUAAAACAGAUGAACAGCUCGAGGCAGAUCACUGUAUAAAUGAAUCAAAAUAGUCACAAUGGUAUAACACAAAAGAUACUGUUGAAGCCUUACUCAAUUAAGAACAUGGAACAUCUCCAGCAGACACACAUUAAGUGCAGGGACAUGUUUUGUCUUGACUGGUUAUCAACAUAUUGUCUGUAUACAGAUAGGUACCAUGUUCCUUGCAAGCAAAAUAGGCUUCUGUUUGUCAUUCACUGAGGUGCCACUUAUUGCAGAGUUUGACUCCUCUUCUUGGCCAAGUUAUAGCAUUUGUUUUUCUCAGUCACACAGGUAGGAAGUAAAAGGCCAAGCUGAUGCUAAAGGCUACCGGCUUAAGUCAAAUGUAUUCUUUCCUGUGUGUAAAAUGUGCCCUGACACAAAACCCUGAAAUAUUUUAGUAAACAUUGAUCAAACAUAAACCUGCAUACGGUGUAGUCAUAUGUCAUGAAUUAUGUUGUAGAUGAUCUUGCACUUUGCUCAGACAAUUAGUAGUGUCAUGCUGAUUUAAAAGGUAGCUGCUGUAGCCCUGUGGUAGGUAGAAAAAGAAGUACGAUGUACAUAAACAUUAGAGUCUACCACAUAAUUAAAUCAACAGGGUUCCUCAAGAAGAUUAAGGUUAUAAGGCUGCACGUUAUUUGACAAGAGAGAGCUGAUUCUAGAGUUAGAAGCUACUGACAGAAAGCCCAUGUAUCAAUUAUAAUAUCCUUUGCUUUUUCACAACUAUAAUUUAAUCUCAAGUGAAUUGAAUUUAACAUGAAUGACACCUCAUGUGCUGUGCAAAUUUCAUUAACAAGGUUUUAAAUUGGGAGGCUGAGUCUCGGCCCAAACAAGAAAGAGUGAUUUCAUUAAACUGUGUGGCGUUUGUGUCACAAUACAACAAGGCUAGCCCGGUGUAAAUGCUAAUUUCAUCUUUUGAAGGGAUUCAGUUUCCCUGUGCUUUCCAUGUCUUUGUCUCUCUGAGCCACAGAGGAAAGGUGUGUUAUCAUGAGUCACAGCAACACAAAGCCAUUCUCUCUGGCUCCCUGUACACUGACAGCCCAGAUGCGUUUGCUUUGUUUGUGUACCUUGGUCAUUACGAGGCUGCCCUCACUUAAGUUCAAAAGCAAUCAUUCAACCAGACAAUGAACGUGAUGCCCUUUAAGUAGUCUGUAAUUUGUUUAUGAGGGAAACGCCUGAAGCUUUCAUUUAACAUUUGCUCUCCCACUGACUCAUAUGAUUGGACACUGUAAGAUAAAAAUUUGGUAAGCAUAAAUUUGAUGCUCAGUGCUUUUUUUUUCAACAAAUACCACAGCAUAUGUAUAUGUAAGAACAGUUAUGUAAAAUCACAUACAUCUUGCAAUUAAAUGUCAGUAUACUUUAAAAUGUUAAGAUGCACACAUUUCUGGGUGCAUUUCUGUUUUGUUUUUUUACGCAAAAUCAAUGUUAUAAUCACAGUUGCAGUGUGCACCACAGCAUCUCUUGUGUGGGUGAAAAAAGGAAGUCACACUUAUCGGAGAGGUGGUGUGUGAAUCAUCCCAUUCCUCACACAUAGGAAUACCAGGUGGAGAAAUAGAGAGCAGCAAAAAAUACCAUAAGACGCACUUCAAUACAGCCACAUUUAGCACUACUGCAGACUGGUGAAGAAUCGGUCCCAUUUUUUAGGGAUCUAGCCCCACUAGAACUAAAAAUAUAUGCGCUGUUCCCUGUUUUCUCAAUCUAAAACCUCACAGAUAUUAAGGCAAGGCCAUUCGGGAAGCUACUGAAUGCAAGAAUCUGAAGUUUUAAAUCAUACCCAGAUAUUAUGGAUGCUGAAUCGUACCCAGUGAACUGUCAGACUGUCAAGGAAUAGCAUGUGUUUACCCUGCAGUAACCCAGUGUCAAUCGAGUUAAAUCUGCCGUGACUAAUGGGUGGUCUUCUCUUCUGGGUUGUCACUCAAAAUACAAGUUGCAAUUCUGUACAGAGAAAAACUAAGUGCUAUUGCGAGGGUCCUAACAUAGAGGAAAAAAGUGGCUUUGUUCUCUCCAAAGCAAAUCUGCCUUCCUAUAUAUAUCUAUAUAUACAGUAUAUAUAUGUCUAUUAAGACUCACUUUUCUGUGUUCAGUAUUGAUUAGUUGUGUAUUGCUAUGUUUAUCAGUGUACUGACUGUAUUCUUGUAUAAUCUGAUGUUGUUGAUCAUUUUGCUUUUCGUCUGCCGCUGUGCUACUGUUAGAUGUUUCGACAUUCAAGUCUUGACAUAAAUGUUUAUUUUUUAAGCGGGUGGGAUUUAGUUUUUUAUUGAAAUAGGAUGUAUUUUACACUUAACUCUGCUGAAGAAUAUGGUUAAACAAACAAACAAAAAAA